UUCUGGAGCGCGCAGUGCACCGUACGACGCAGUUGAAUCAACAUAUUAUCGCGCAUAAAACACCUUGAAAAAGAUUGGCGAAAAUCCAGCUUGCGGCGAUGAAACGUUGGGAAGGGAAAACUGCGAUCGUGACCGGUGCCGGAUCCGGUAUCGGUGAAGCCGUGGCUCUCGCCCUGAUCCGGCACAACGUGAACGUGAUCGGAUUGGACGUGGGUGACUUCCAUGUCUUACGGAAUGAAACAGAGAGCAACAGAUUGAAAUUGGUCAAGGCAGACGUCAGCUCCAAGAAAGAUCUCGAAGAUGCUUUCGGCUUCGCGGAGGAACGUGGAGGAGUCGAUAUUCUGGUGAACAGCGCUGGUGUCGUGGAUUACAAACGAAUAAUUGACAGCGACGUGGAGACGUUCCAGAGGCUACUGAACAUCAACGUUUUGGGCAUGUCCUGGUGCACGAAGCUAGCCGUGGAAUCGAUGCGGAAGAGGAACGUCGAAGGGCACGUGAUCAACAUCAACAGCGUUUUGGGACACGAGAUUCCUUGGAGGCCUCUGAGCGAGUCCGACGGUAGCAACGGGUUGAACUUGUAUCCGGCGUGCAAGCAUGCCUGCGUAGCUAUGACGCACACGGUGCGUCGCGAACUGGCUACGAUGGACGAACCGAAAAUUCGUAUCACUAGUAUCUCACCUGGACUGGUUAAGACCAAUAUAGCCAAACAUGCGAGCGAAGUGGCGAAGAUUUUAGAGGAACUGCCAGCAUUGCUGCCUGAAGAUGUUGCCGAUGCUGUGAUCUACGCUCUUGGCACGCGACCUCAGGUCCAAGUAAGAUAACGGAGCUGACCAUCCAACGUACCGGCGAGGCCUGAACAACGAGUCCCUCAAACGUUCCACCGGUGAAACUGAUUCGAAGACAAAAAAUGUAAUGUAGAAUAGAACGAGAAAUGGUAAAAUCUGCAAUGCGUAAUGGGAGAAUCACGGUAUUUCCUGAUAAGGGAGAAAGUUCACUGGCAGGCAAGGGAGGGGAAUCACUCAAGGGGGAUGAAAAAACGAUGGCUGGGAUGGUCUCAACUUUUCUCAUAUCGUUUCGCUUUACUUGUUCGUUAUUACCCCGCGAGGAUGAGUAAAAUUAAUGGCUCCCAUUUGGAACUGUUCCCGCGGAGCUCCAUAUUUUUUUUUCAUUUAACUCGGGAAUUGAUAAUUAACGUUCGUCGAAGCCAGAUCCGCGAUUUAUUCAAACAAUGAUCGUCAAAUAAAAUUUCUCGAACGACGA